AUGACGAGCUCCGAUUUGUCUGUCUCUGCAAGAAGGCUGGAAGGCAAAGUAGCAAUUAUAACCGGUGGGGCUAGCGGCAUUGGCGAGAGCACUGCCAGACUGUUCGUCCACCACGGGGCCAAGGUCGUGAUCGCGGACGUUCAAGACAAGCUCGGUGAAUCCCUGGCUCGAGAACUCGGCCCACCAGAAGUCGUCUCCUUUGUCCACUGCAACAUUACAAGCGAUUCUGAUGUUCAGAACGCGGUGGAUACUGCGAUGUCGAGGUAUGGCCAGUGGGACAUCAUGUACAACAACGCUGGAAUCGGAGGAAACCUCGACACAACCAUCCUAAACUCCGAAAAUGGUGACUUCAAGAGGGUGCUGGAGAUCAAUCUGUUCGGAUCAUUCCUUGGAGCCAAGCAUGCCGCUAGGGUUAUGAUCCCAGCAAGGAAAGGUUGCAUCUUGUUCACCGGCAGCGUUGCGUCUUCCAUAAGCGGGGACCUGUCUUACGCAUACAAGGCUUCCAAGCAUGCGAUUUUAGGACUCAACAACAACCUGACUGUGGAGUUGGGAAAGUAUGGGAUCCGUGUCAACACCAUUUCCCCAUAUGGUGUGGCCACUCCCAUGGUGACAAGUGGCAUGCAGAUGGAGAAGAAGGCAGCUGAAGAAUUCAUGUCGGCUGCGGGGAACUUGAGAGGCGCCAUCUUGGAACCCGAGGAUGUUGCCAGAGUCGCGCUCUACCUGGCUAGUGACGAUGCCAAAUACGUCAGCGGACUCAAUUUGAUUGUGGACGGAGGUCAUAAUCACAACCAUCCUCUCUUUGCUGCCUCCGCUUGA